AGGUUAAUGAUUACCAGCACGCGACACACGGAAGUGUUCAUGAGUGUUGAAGGAUUCAUGACAGAGAGGGAACAUCGAGCUGAAAAGGUGACAAUAUUCAGGACGGAGAGACUUUCUCACACAUACAAAGAUCUCCAACACGUCUGAAGAGAACAACAAGCUAUCUAUGGACCCCAUCUCUGCAGUCGGAGUAGUCAGCUCCCUCAGCAAAACCCCUGAUGGCUACUAUGUUGUUGCACAAACAACAGAUGGCUCCGACGCCGACCUGUGGAAGGACGGCUUAUUCAAAUCCAAGGUCACUCGCUACCUUUGCUUCUCCAGGAAAACUGAGCCUGAAGUUGUUGUGGAUAUGAGGCUGAUUGACAUCAAGGACCCGCUGCCGGAGUCCUUCACACCUGUGCAAGAAACAUUAGGCAAAAAGGAAGCUGCCACGAGGAAGAAGAGGCUGUGUGUGAAAAUGAGCGCUCGUGAGGCUGCGGAGACAGCUGUAUGUGACAUCCAGAUCACCACCAAAUCCAAGUACCAGCUUGUUAACUACACCUGUGUGGGAGAGAUAAACAAUAUGGGAAUAUGGUAUCGCAUGGGAGACGUUCCUCGGCGUCAGUCAUCUCAGCAAACCAGCAGCCCUCCUAAAAGUGACACCCUACAUAGCACAACAAGCAGGAUUGCCAUCAGCAGACCACAAUGUGAGCAGCAGAGUGGCAUCUACACUAUGACAGCUCUUGAUGAUGUGCCAUUUAUGGUGUCAGAGAAGUUUUAUGAAAAACCUCAAGAGAUGCAGCAAGUCAAUUUAAUGGGCAUUACCAUCAAAUCCCUGGCAGAGAUCGAGGAGGAAUUUCACUACAACUUUGGCACAGAACUGAGUAUUGUUCCUUAACUGCCCAUCCGGCUCUCCCUCCAAGAAUCCGAGCAACCAGAACAGCUGAAUGGACACAAAGGAUAAUUUAUGAAUUAAUGAAGAUAAUUUUUUUAAUGUGGUAUUCAUGUUUAUUAUGUAAUUCCACACUGUUUUUUACUUUUCGUUUUGUCAUUUUAUUUUAAUUAUUUAAUUCCUAAAAUGCAUUUAAAAAUGUACAUUGAACAUAAAUCUUUUUGCAAAUUUUGCAAACUUCUAGAAAGAUCCUAUUUCAACAUGGUUUCACAGAUAUUUCCGCAGCAUGUGAAUAAAGCGGUCUUGUGGCCAAAAAUAAAACUAA